AUGGACUUCUCUGAGCUCAAUCCAACAGCGUCUCAAUCCAGCCCCAAUGGACCGGAAAUUACAGAAUACUUUGGCCCUCGAAUCAUGACGGGACCAAGGCGUGAGUACAAGGUCUCGAGAAAUGCGUCUUUGAAUCCCAAAAUCGGGACACCAGUUGGUAUUACUGCUGAGGCAGGUGGUCUCUCCAGGACAUCCGAGGUUAUUCACACAUCCAGAUGGAUGUUUACCGGUACAAGACAUCCGGAAGAAACACCGGACAAAAGUCAGACACGACGGAGCUGUUUUCGACGGCUUAUCUGGCAUCUAGAGGAGAACAAACUGGAUGAUCAAGCCGUUCAACAACCUACGGUUCACUCAGCCGUCACUAUUCAUCAUGGUUCACAGCCCUUUCUGCUGGAUCUGAAAAUCGAGGCUAAGAUGCAUCGAUGGCGGGAUCGAAUCAAGCAAUCAUUUAUUCUGCCGCCGAGGAGUCGAAAGUCGUAUACGAGAUCGUUGAUAGAGCCAAGAAAGGAAAUCGAAAGCGAUGAAUCGUUUCGCGAGACUGUUCUCGGUCUCGAACAGGCUAUGAUUGACAAGAACCUCCAUCCAGUACCAGGUAGGUUUUACAGAGCCUCUGGCAGUAGCGUUCUUUAUUAA